GAACGGGAGCUAAACAGCACGUCAACAAUUGGGUCCCAGGUGAGCUGCCCGUCCGUUCUGCGCUCCGGAUCCUACAUAGUGAACGAGCCGCAGCGGGACAUUGCAGACGACACAAGCUCCUUCUUCGACGAGCCGAGCCAGAUUCUGCUUGACAACAUGGAGCGAGAGCUUGAGACGGCUGAGGACGCCUUGGAAACGCUAGACGGUGCCGACGAUGCAAAUAACGACGGCUCUGCCGUGGACGGCGUAGAUGACCGUGAUGCGGAAGCGGAGAAGGAGGCUGACACGCCGUUGGGUGAUGCUGAUCAGAAUAAUGACGUUCAAACAGAAGAGAUGGUGCAAGAACCGCCGGGCAAUUAUGAGGAUGACCGUGCAGACGUUGAACAGGAAAUAGACGAUUCGCAUGAUGUUAAGGACGAUGUGAACAAUCAUCAGGGUAGUGAACAGGAAGCGCCGUUGGCGAAACCGGAACGCGACAGUGGCCUAAAUGUACCCCCUCCAUCGCCAAGCAACGGGAAAAACGAGGAUGAUGACACUAAAAUACUUAUGAACGAUGAUUAUGAACCUGAAAAACUACAGCACGCGAAAGAAUCAACACCGUCACAGGAGGAUAGUGUGUUCAUUGAAUCAGAGAUUCACAAUAUAAAUUAUUCUACCCCAAAGAAAGAGAAAAAAGAGAAGAAAGAAAAGAAAGUCAAAAAAGAGAAGAAAGAAAAGAAGGAGAAAACAAAGGAAGAGAAACCUCCCAAAGAAUCAUCACUACCAUUGGAUCAAUCAUCAAAACGAAUCCACCUUAACUGGACCAUACCAGCCGUUUACAAGUCCUCGCUAGUGAAGCUCCUGUGCGGCCUGUACGCGCUGAUCGUGGUCGUUCUGGGGAUCGUGUUCGCCACCUCGACCAGCCUCACGAUCCAGGAACGCUCGCACAAGUACUACCUCGAGGUCUUCCUCGUUUACCUUUACACGGGCUCUCUCAUUGUCCUCCUGUACUUCCAACUCGGGCUGCUGCGAGGGGUCAAAGUCAAGAACAGCUACUUCGACACGAAUAUCAAGGUGUCCAUCCGACCCGACGGUAGCAUCCAGAAGUCGCCGUCGGCUACGCCCACUCCGCACAGUAGGGCGCACGAGGUGCUGGCUGAUGACGUCACACUCGAGAAUGGCCGAGGCUUGGAGGAGAUCUCAUUGGCCAGUCGGCAUAGUCAGCUGGUACUUCCGGCAAACGGGGGCGUGGCGCAUGUCGGGGAGGGCAUCAACUUUUACCUCCGCCUUGGGGCUCUAGCGUUCGCGUUCGGCAGCGUGACCCUGGACGGUCUGCACAUCGCCUCGUACUUCGAGAGUCCCGAACUGAAGACGUGCGACAGCGAUAUCUUCAUCUUCGUCUACGUCAUGCACCUGUUCUUCACCUUCGUACAGACCUUCUUCCUUUUCAAGAACCACAAGCUGGUGAUAGACAAGCAGAAGGCCCUAGUGCGGUUCGGUAUGAUGCACAUCAUGGCCACCAACCUGUGCGUGCUGCUCGUCACCGUCAUCGCGGAAACAGCCGAGGACUUCCGACAAGAGGACUUCAUCAAGCGCAAUAAAACCGGCGGCCCGUUAAAGUCUUGUUAUGAGGAGAUCACCCUGGCACGGUCAGCGUCGCCGUACCUGUUUCCCUGCACGGUCAUCUACAGCAUCAUCGGCGCCGGAAUCGUGUACCGCCUCUACCAGUACGUCGGGGUCAAGGUCAGACAGCGCUGGCCCAGCCACACGUCCUUGACCAGCUCCGUGCCGCAAGGGGCCACCGGGAUUGACUGUGACAAGGCUAACAAGGGUUUGUUCAUGGGGCUGCUGGUGGCGGUUCUUACAUUGAUCGCGAUCGCAACGUUCUUCGUCUUUGAAAACCGGAUAUCCGACUCCUCAACAGCGGUGCAGGUGUUCUACGUGACGGAAAUCGCCCUGAUGGUCGUGACUGGUGCGGGAAUCAUCUGGGGGUACGCGCGGCUGGCCACCUUGAAGUUUCUCCCCUCAAAUUUCCUGUCAGUGGACUCGGUGCUGCUUAUCGUCGCUCUUUCCGGCUCCUACAUCUACCUGUUCUUCAUCCUCAUCUCUGUUCUCUCCAGCGGAGAGCUAGGAGGCGCCAUCGGCAUCCUGUCGGUGAUCACAAUCGUACUGGGGCUCGUCCAGAUUACGCUGCAGAUUGUCUUCAUCCUGGACGGCCUUUGCCGCUGCGCAGAGAACGACGGUCAGAUGGCCGACAAGCCCGGGCGCUCCGUCGUCACGUUCCUGCUCGUCUGCAAUCUCGCCAUGUGGGUCGUCAGCAUGUUCGAGAUCAAGAAGACGCAGGUGAUCCUCAUGCACGAGCGCUUCUAUGGGAUCCUCGCCUGGAACAUCAUCACGCACCUGUGCGUGCCGCUUAUGAUCUUCUUCCGGUUCCACUCGGCGAUCUGCCUGUCGAAGAUUUGGUACAACGCAUACCAGAAAGAGAAGCUUACGUAACUCGCCUGAAAGCUCUACGGGUAUGAAUGUCGGACGUCGGCUAAAGGCAGCAUGAAUGAUUAAGGUCCACUAUUUCCUUUAUUUUAAUUUUGUCUCCGAACUUUCGCAUUAUGGACUUGGACUGUCUCAGGAAGGGAAUCUACAAUCCAUAGGGCAUUGACUCUGUCUCCAUUUUCACAUGUGAAAAUAUUUAUAUAAAAAACCUAUUACUUCCAAAUAUCAUUCACUACUCAAAAUUAAAUAUGCCAUUCUUUAUUUCUGUGUAUUUUACAAACGAAAGUGAAUUUAUGACUUAACGACAAUGUAAUAUUGUAUAAAGAUGUAUGUAUACAUGCGUUUUGAAAAUACUGUACUAAGGUAACACCCCAAACUAUUACGUACAUUUUUACAUGUAGUCCUAUAUAUUUUAUCUAAAGUGAAUGUGGUGUAGUUAGUUAGUUGUUAUAGAAUGAUGUAACGUUCUCUUGAAUUAGUUCUCAAUUUCAGGUGCAUGGUUAUAUUUAAAGUAAAGUAUAAAAAGAGUCUAGCAUAUGUGCGUAAUAAUUAUCAUUUUACAAUUGAUGUAUGUUCUGUUUUGUAUAUGUACAUGUAUAUUAUAUCUGUAUGAUAUGUGUAAUAAGUGCAUCCAUGACCAAUGUAUGUAUACAGAUUUUAGAGAUUAGCAUUAUUGUACCGUCGCCGAAUUUCUUCAACCAUGUAGAACAACGAUAAAAAAAUAAUACUUUGAGAUGGCAUGAUUACUUAUUGUACUUUUUAUAUUUUAAACAAAACCACUAACAAUCGUCAGGAACACUUUAGCCUGAACAAAAUUGGUGCACAAUAUGUCUUAUUGUUUUCUAGUUUGUUUUAUUUUUUAAAUAUAAGAAAUAAUAUUUCAGAUAUUAAACAUCAAAAAAGAUUGAUGAAAUUUAAUAUAUGUAACAAUAUUCAGUAUCUUGUUUUUUUGUAGAAAUACUUUUGCAUUAUUACACGUUCUAUACAUAUUUUACAUAACCUUCAUUUGUAAUUAGUUCAGUUGGUCAUAUAAUACUUGUCAUCAUGUAUUUAUAUUCAUUUUCUUGUAUUUUUAUAUCAAUAACCAUUGUCUCAUAUUUACAAAAACUACACUGUAUAUACAGAUCAUUUAUCUUAAUAUCUUAGAAACCCGAGUGUAAACUGUCUCAUAUUUAUAUUUGUCAAUUUGUAUUAUAAUAAUAAUAAAUGUCGU